AUGAAGAUUUUCUACCUUGGUGUUUGCUUUGCAAUUUUGGGGGCAGCUAUUGUUAAGGCCAACUUAACUGAAGAAUUGGAAAAACAUGCCGAAGUCUGUACGGAACAAUCAAAAGCUACCGCCGAGGAAUUAGAGAAAUAUUUUGAAAAUGGCAUGAAGGAAGAAGAUGCAACCGGUCCUGUUAAAUGCCACAUCAAAUGUAUGAUGGAACAAAAUCAUUUCUUCAAUGAUGGUAGUUUUGUUGCUGAGGAAAUGUUGAAAUAUUUGGAAGCUAAAGAUUCGAUGAAAGAUCAUUUAGAUGAGGUAGCAAGUGUUAUUUCCGCAUGCAACAAUGAAAAGGUGGAACAUGAUUGCGAAGGUGCCUAUAUGUUAAUGAAAUGUUUCGGCAAUACCGAAGUUGGUCAAAUGGCAUUUGCUGCUUAA